AUAAUAAUUUAUUUCUAUAUAUAUAAGAGUUUUAUUAUAACUACAAAACAUGUAUGUUGUCAUUGUAUUUCUCUUUUAGUAUUGUCUCGAUAUAAAAGUAAGUCAAAGCCAUUUUUAUAGAUGGAAGGUAGAUUCACAAAUUACGCAGUUACUCCCCUUUGAUAUAAUUAAGCCAUGAAAUCAUCUGAAAGUUUCCAAUGUCAUUGAAGAACACACGAAGUUUACCGACGAAUUUGCACAGAUUUUUAGAGUAGAUUGUACCAGAAGGCAAUGAUUGAGGAUAGCUAUUCAUACUGAUAAUUAAUCUGACAAGUGGCUGUAGAGUCCCAAUGCACCACCAUGUUGACAUGGUACGUGCCAUAAAUGCAUUAUAAUUUAUUCUCAUCUGUUUAGAAGGUAUGUUGUGUACCUUGUUAUUUUUAUUAAAUUAGAUUACCCCUAAACAUUGAUAAUUAUUAUUAACAAGCAUAAAAUAAUUGCAUUUACAACAUAGAAGUUAUUUGAAUAUAACAUAUAUAAUCAUUUAUAUUUAUCAAUGCAUGUACAUGUAGGUAAUGAUAAAACUAUUUAUGUGGGACAUUUCAUAUUCUUUAUAUAUUUUAAUGUAACAGUAUUUUAAAUUGAAUUUAUACAAAUAUUUACUGUAUAAAAUAUAUUUGACAUACUUGAAAACCAUUCUGUCAGAAUUACUUUAUUUCAGACACUUCAUUUGGCUUAGUCAGAAUGGGACCUUAAAUGAAGAUGCAUUAUUGUACCGUAUAUGAAACAACACAAGAAUGAUCCAGAAGAAGUAAAACUACUCUGCACAUACUCCACUACUGAGCCCUGCCUUACAGGCCUUGUUCCCAAGCUAAUGCCAGCUGAGCUGUGGAUACACCAAUAUGUGGAAUGCCUUCAUCAUCAAUGACGUGUAGUGUUAAAUAUUAAACAAAUGAGAAAAUGUCCAAUAGUAAAAAACGGAAGUACGACGAGCAGCUGAAUAUACCCACAGACUUUAGGUGCAUUAUUCACAACAGUGGACUUAGCAAUCAUGGUGACUGUGUAACACUAAAUUCUACAAAAUUAAAAGUCUCUGCUGAACAAAAACUAGAUCAGCUGCACUCAAUUCGCAACAAGCGAUUAGCUGAACCAUGUGACUCACCACAUCGCAUGCAUGACAUAUGCAAGAGCAUUCCUGCCUCAUUAUGUGGAAUAGACCUGAACAUCACUGGUUACCACCGUGGGUGCUACCAGGCCUUUACCAAAAACCUAGAUAGGUUAGGUAAAGCAGAAUGUACAAAACAUUCUCAAAAACACCAUUCACCAAGAAUUUUUGCUAACUGUAGUAAUCAGUUUCCACCAGAAUGCAUCUUCUGUAAAAAGUUGGAAGUGAAACCAAAGAAACAUGCAAAUACAGAGCGGUGUGUUCAAUUCACAAACACAACAUGGCAACAAAUUGAGUCGCAGGCUUUUGAGGUGGGCGAUUUUGCCUUAUAUCGAUUAGUACAAGGUGAAGACCUGGUGGCCAGAGAGGCAAUGUUUCAUACUUCAUGUCGGAAGGAUUUUGAAUUGAAAGUGUUGGUGGGAAAGGAAGCCAAGCAAAGAUUCAUAGCCGAAAGACUUACACACGGAGCAUCGCCUAUCAAGUUCUUUGACCCGAUACCGAAGUCAAAAUUAAAGUCAAUGGAAGCUUCGAACAAGACAGUGAAACUUACUGCUCCCCAGGGAAAAGUGAUUCAGUAUCAAGAACAGAGCAACAUAGCAUUUAUGCUUUUGGUAAAAGCUCAAUCGUUGAACGAACAGUUGGACCUUGAAGAACUGAUGCGGUUUCCUUUGACUCCCGUACCUCAUAGCCUUGGUACAAGGCGGCUUUAAUGAAUGCCAUAUUGCAGGAUGUGCCACAAGCGACAACUCCUUCAGAAUCCACCAUUUACAUCCAAGAUGGUAAUGCUCUCUUUCAUGAGCUUACAAACCUUGCACCAACGUUUGGCGGAAUAUGUCUGCAGAUUCUGGACAUCAUGGUUGCAAGGAAGAACUUUAUUUUUUCGACGGACAGCUACUUCCCGAACUCUAUAAAGGCACAGGAGAGAGUGCGCAGAGGCUGCAGUCGAAAAUUCAUCGUUGAUGGACCUGCAACCCGUAGACCAGCGGACUUUAAAGAAUUCCUAUCCAACGAUGACAAUAAGACACAAUUAUGCAAUCUUAUUCUGCGUGUUUGGGGCAGUGAGUCAGCAGCAUCCA